UCAGUCACACACUCGGGCAUGUUCGACGGGGACGUUCGCGCUCGUUAAGCGAUAUAUCGUUACGACGAUAUACGGUGACGUCUUGACACAUUCGUAGGAUACACGUACACGUACUCGUGAGAUGACGCGAUACGUCCUUGAACGAGAGGUACGAGUCGCUCCUGGGAGAAUGGUAGGCAAGGGAUUAAUUUAGGAUCCCUCGUGAAGCUGCGGGAUUAUCCAACUUCCUCAUGGUGACGUGCGUCUCUCACAGUGAAAUCGCCGAUAAAUUGGGAGCGCCGAGUGAGAGUGUGUGCGCGCGCGCGCGCGCGUGCUUGUUUGCUCGCUUGCUUUGUGCCCGCGAGUGCUUUAUUGUAUGCACCGUGCGGAAUGCAACGUGGGUUGCGCGCGUUGCGUGCCAACGCGGCCCCGGAGUGCGCGGUUUGCCGGCAGAAAAGGAAAAGUUGUAAUGCACGGGGGGGAUUUCUAAGUGUGCGAGGUCGUGCCGCGGCGAGCGGGUGCAACCGAUUAAUCCGGGUGCCCGGGCUCUCUUUAAAAUCGGCUGCGAUUCACGAUAUGCGAUCCGCGAUCACGCUCGUACGCUACGCUCGUGCAAGGGUGCUAAUUAAAUUUUUCUAACCGGUUAAUCCGGAUUUCGGUCGAACGCUCGCAAUCGCCACCUGCGAUACGCGCGAUUGAAGGCCUGGUUAAUGGAAGAAAUGUCACGCGGAGAAAUUACAUCGCUCCAAGUCGAAAUUCAGCUUGCACGCGGCAAGUGCUUUAAAGAAAAAGUGUAGCUUUUCCACGUCAAUUUUUAAUCUGGAUGCAAAUCGAAGGGAGAUCGGAGACAGGGACGCGGACAAAAUAUCCCAACGAGUUUAUCUCUGCGCAAAUUUAAUCUGUGUGUAGAUCGAAAGGGUACCCGCUCGACAAUGUACUCCUCAAAUUUUUCAAUGUUUUAAAAUGGAACGGAAAUUAUACAGCAUACAUACGCUAAUAUGCUAAGUUUUGUUUCACUUGCCAAUGUUUGGAUUCGAAUAUGAAUGAGACGACGCGAUAGUUCGUAUUCAGGAAUUUCGAGAUCAAAAUUCAUAUUCAGAUAUAAUAAGAUAAAUAUUUAUCUUCGCUCUUACUUUUCGAAUUCCUACCUCGAGAAGCUACUUAAGGUGAAUCUAUCGCCAGCUGCGUAAUUUAUCCAUUAAACGAUCGGCUAAACAGACUUUGCGCGUCGUUUAGUAGCAUAAUUAAACGGAUAUAUUUGUCGAGAUGAAAUUUAUGCAUCAUCGAAUUUAUCAAUUUUGAUUGACGCGUAAGCUGAAUUCGAUGUUGAACGCCGAUAAUCCCAACCUUUACAGACAUAUAUAUAAACGCGCCUCGGAGCAAGCGUUAUCUUUCGCCGAACGCUAGAUUAAAUUUACACGCUGACGUAAUGCGUGAUCGCGCUUGAUCGCAGACAAGUCUUAAAAAAAAAGGUAGUAGUCACGAUCUUGAACCGUCACGUGUUGGAUUAUUUUUUUCUCGGAUCGAUCGAAAUAUCGUGUCACGGCAACGAUACGUGACACCGGCCGUCGCGUUGCCUUCGCCGGUCUGCAUUAGUUAAAGCGUAUGAAAACCUGUCGAUCUGAAAUUUAGUGCUCCCAAUUAAAAUUCCGUUUGCAUCAGACGGGAACUUUAUAGCGGAUGAUAAAUUAAAUAAUUACACAAGAACGCGCCAGCGGAACAGGUGAUUACGCGAGCACCGAUCGAAUCCUCUUUUCUCCGUUCUCAGACGCUACCUUUCGCUUUCAACGACGAUUCGUUCGCAACACAUGAACGUUUAAUCAACCGUGCGCGGGGAUUACUUCGUUAGCUCGGACGUUUAUCGGCCGUAAACGAGAACGGCGAAUGCAUGGUGCAAUUGGGAGCCAAGUGUAGGCAGCCGAGUGAAACCUGGACAACACUUCAUCGAGGCACUCCUCACGUUUCCUCGGGAAUCGUCGAGGAGCCGAAUUUUAUUACACGUCCCGGAAUGCGCGAAUAAUAUCGUUACGAUGUAACGCCAUAUAAGUCGUUAUGCCGGUCGAGGAUUGCUCGCGUUUCCACCCGAGACAUUGCACCGAUUGCGAGCACGUGUGACGCUGAUGGUGGAGACCCGGAUGAUAUGGGAGCCAGCAGAAUGAAUAGAGAGAUUCCCAGCAGCACCCUCGCGACCUUGAGGGGGAUCCUGGUGAGCUCGUUGUCGAGGGAGAACCUCGGCCCGCACGACCUGCCCGUUCACGAGCACAUGAGGCAUCGACCGCCCAGAAAAGUGCACUUUCACGAAGGUGAGUACUCCGUCGUAAAAAGCCGCUGUACAGAUCAUCUAGAAAAUCGCGGUGAGUAUUCGCCGAAGUUGAUGGAAGCGUCUUAUCUUUCUUCUGUGGCGUCAGCUGGAGCCGCUCCUGAGGAAACUAACCAAAGGUCCAGUUCUGCACACAAUCGCCACUCUCUCACGAAGGAGCAAACGAUGCACUGGUUCGCUCAGAUUGGUGGUGAUUCCCUCCCUUUGACAGAUGUGAAGCGCCCGCGAAGUCUCUACGACGAGGACUCCCUCGACGGCGAUCGUCCUUACGAGAAUGAAGGACGGGAGUCGACGGGAAGCUCGAAGGAAUUGGACAGGGCGAAGCUCGUCCGCGAGAGGCAGAACGAGGAGCGGCAGCGGAAGUUGGAGGAGCUCAGGCAGCAAGCUCUCGCCGCGCAACGCUUCCGCGAGCAGCGUGAGGAAGAGCGACGAAGACGCAUUGAUGAGCUCAGAUCUCGUGAUAAUGACAGACGAAAUCAAGUUGAAGAGAGAAAACGGCUGAUAUGCGAGGCGGAGCGAGAGAGACGGGAGGCUAUCCUCCGCAAGAAUCAGGAGAGGGAGGCACGCAUCGAGGCGAAGAGAAGAAACGAGAGAUCGCACAUCGUAUUCGCGUUUGGCAGCUCCACGCCGCGGAUGCUGGAGCCCGCCGACACCGGCGGUUCUACCUUUUGGGGCACCCGUAGAGCCACCUCGACCACCAAUGUCAUGAUGUUCUCUGCUGCGCAGCCUCUCACCAGGAGAUCCUCGGAGAGGGAGCUGGACGGCAGCAAGAAACGGGCCACUUCCGCUGGUGGACUCGAUCGGAAACCGGGAGAAGAUAUGAGAAUGUCCUCGUCCAUGUACGAGGUGUUCAAUUGGAAUUCUAGCCCCGAUCCCCCCUUAACUCCUGCCAAGUAUAAGAGAGCCAGCCUCUCUCUGCCCCCCACAACCGACAUCUUUACCGUCGAUGAUAAGUCCGAUAGCGACACUAUGCGUCCCAUGAUUCAACGUGUUGCCAGUGGUGAUGAUAGCGACGGCGGUGGCACGCCCAGCACCCCGACCUCGGUUUUGCUACGUGUGAACAGGAGACGCACCGACCUCAUGCCGACGAUACCGUCCCCGCGCGACGGCCCGCCGUCGACGGCACGCAGCUCCAGCGCCAAGGCCUUCACACGCUCGCCAGGUAGGACUUACUCCAUGUCCAGGCUGGACCAGCUGGCGCAGCCUAGGAAACGCACGGUCGAGCAGCAACUCGGCACGUUGACGGAGCAACAGCAGAGCCAGCCUCUGCAGAGCGCUUCUAGCAUGAGUCGCAGCAUGUCGCACUUGGCCGCGCCCGGAGGAGCCAAGAGUCUAAAACGCUCCGAUAAUUCGCGUAGCAUGGGCACGUUACCGGGCGCGGUGCCUAUGCCCAGACCCACCCGCGCCGAAAGAUUACGCCGUAAGGCUCGCGAGCACCAGCAGGCCGCCCAGCUGCAGCAAGGUAUCCGCAGCGGCGAAGUGACACCCAACAGCCCGUCCCGACCGCACAGCUCCAUGAGCCAGCAGAGUGCCAGCAGCGUGGGCAGCAGUAACGUCAAUCUGCGUACCCGCACGGCCGCGUCGCGCCGACCGCGGCCUGCUUCUAUCGCCGGUACCGGUGUCUCGAUCAUAGAGAAACACAAUCUGGUAGGUGACAUGAAAUUAACGAAGGAUUCAAAGCCACCACUGCCAAAGGUCCACAGCACUCCAAAGAAACCUUCUACACCCAAAGCCACGGAAGUGAGGAAGCCAACGGAGAAAUUAAUCAAGAACGUCAAGUCAUCACCGCGAAUAACUCCGAGGGCGACACCUCUGCAGAGUCCCGGAGUCGAGCACGUACCGCUUAUCCGCGAAACUAACAUGGAGAUCAUAAAGCAGGAUGAGGGUAAAGAGGCACCAGAUGUGAAAUCGGAGGACAAAAACGAGGAGAAGAAGGAUCAGGGUAGCGAAAAGGCGCAGGAAGCGAAUGUUAUCAAAUCCGUAAUUAACGAAACAAAGGUAGCAGCGGAACCUAUGUCGGCAAGCAAACAAGUCAAAGACGAGACGAAUCUAAUACAGGAGAAUCUAUCGGAUGCUAUUGCGGAAGAACCAAAAGUUGCUAAAAAGGAAGAGAACAAGCAGGAGAAAAAAUCGCCGGAGAUGACGGAAAUCAAGCUUGAAGGUGAAAUGGACGAGCAGGUUGACAUGUCAGCUUCGAUGAUCGCGAAAAUCAGGAUCACCACCGAAGAGGAGGCGAAAGCCGCUUUGGCUGAGCGUAGGAGAUUAGCUCGAGAGCAAGCAGAACGAGAAGCAGAAUUGGAACGCCAGCGACAGGAGGAAGAAGCGCGUUUGGAAGCUGAAAGAUUGCGCGCAGAAGAAGAAGAACAGCGUCGUUUGGAGGAAGAAACUAUACGCUUAGCUAACGAAGCUCGAGAGGCUGAAGAACAGCGAUUGCAGUUAGCAAUUGAAGAAGCUAAACGUCGCGAGGAGGAGGAUAGAAGAAAAAGAGAAGAGGAAGCUCGCCAGAAACAAGAAAAAGAAGAAGCAGAACGCAAAGCAAGAGAAGAAGCGGAAAGACAACGAAUCGAAAUGGCUGAAAGGCUUAAGAAGGAAGAAGAGGAGCGCAACGCCAGACGCAAACGGGUCGAAGCGAUUAUGCUUAGAACUAGAGGCAAAAAUCAAACCAAUACUUCAAAGGGAGAAGGUGGUGAUGGUGACAAGCUAAAAGAAGACAGUCCUACCGAUGAGAGCAAACCGGUACCGGACGGUAAAGGCGACGACGUUAUGACAGCCAGUUUAAUUUCCGAGGCGACUCAGCAAUUUAUCAGCGGCGAGCAACGAGCACAUCACACGGAAAAUAGCGUAUCUGCACCGGACAUAGUGCAUAACGGCACGACACAUAGAAACGGCAUUAACGAAAGUAAAAUUGUAUUGGAUAAUAAUCAGGGUAACGUUGAAGGAGAGUUGAACGGUCAUCAUACGAAUCACGGGAAUGGUAUCAACAGUCAAUCGAUUACGCUGGACAAUGCCACUGUCAAGCAAAACAACGUGACCAACAACCUGUUAGACCUGUCGGACUUUGAUACUCUGAGUAAUAACAGUAGCGGCUACGAUACCGGGCCGAUACUCGAACUGACGCCCAAUCUAGCGAACGAGGAUACUCUCAACUCCAAUUUAAAUCCGGCGGCAAUGCCGUUUACCCCGAUGGGGUUCAUGCCCGCUACCGCUAAUGCCAAUGUCAAUCCGUUCCAGGAUAAUUUCAUCAACAAGCCACAGGACAACAAUCAAGUACCAGAUCUACUAUCAUAAGGUAUCUCUUAAACGUUCCCGGACGAACAGAAAAAGAGCGGUUAGGCAGCCGAUAACCGAAUUGCUCAUGGCGAGCAGUAGCUAUUUUCGGAACGAGACGUUGUUGUUUAUGAUAAUGUAAAUAACCACCGUCGCGCAACGUAUCAUGUGUAGGGGAUGUCUCGGUGAAGCGAGAGUGAACGAGGGCGCAAAGACCAUCCCCCGAGUCCCACAAUCACAUGCCGAGCUCUGAGCGUCGUCACCGGGAAGAAGAAAGUGUAAAAUAAUAUAUAAUGUUAAUUAAUUAUUAUUGCAACAGCAAAGUGUGGACACUCAGUCUGUGUGUCGUAGUACGCUAUUAGACAAAUGUAACUUUUUAAAGGAAGGGGAUUUGAGGUCUGUUUGUAACACAUCAUUUUCGGAUGUUCAUACACGGACGUAUUUUAUGAUAAUGAAUCGAUAUGAAAUUAUUUUCUCUCUCACACAUACACGUGCAAACACACACACAUGCAUUAACACACGAUUUCGCCCUUGUCACAUACACACAUACACAUGCGUGUGUAGAUUACAAGCAACACUUUUGAGGCGUUAAUCAAUAGAGAUGAGAAAAUUGAAAAUUGAAGAGUAAAUGACGAAUAUAAAUAUAGCACAAGACGCAAAAGAAGAAGGAUAAAAAACCAAGAGUCUGAUCAAACGCUGAGAACGUAUCUGCCAAAACGACGGAUUAGAGAAUGUCCCUAACAUAUAAGAGAUAACGUAGCGUAAUACUAUCUUAUAACAAUUUCACGAGCGGAGUUAUCUAAGCGCGUUAUCGCGUUCAACACGAGAGACAUUCUGCGGAUACGAGAUGGGGAAAGUAGCACAGAUAGAAAAAGAAAACACUUUUCUUCCAUACCAGAUUUCGAGGCGUGCGCUCACUAGUCAAGCAAUCUUACUGUUUUUCCCUUUUCUUCCUUCUUUUUAUCGUAUUUCAUUUUAGAGGGCCUACUUAACAUUGGUAUAUACUCUAGGUAUUCGCUAGACUUCACUAUCGUUACGUUUUUUUCGCGGAUUUCGUGCAAAUUCUCUAGCUGUGAUUAUGACGAUGACGAUAACGCUGAUUGCUUUGUGAGAUAGCCGCUGCAUAAGUUAACGGUGAGUGACGAUCUAGUAACGUUAAUUAUAAGAAUUGUUAUACACGCGAGAGAUACUAUGGAUGGGAUUUAAAUGCACUUUAUUCGACGAAGGUAAAUAGGUAAAUAUGAUCGAUACCGCAACGUUAAUGGAAAAGCGAUUAUCGCUGUAAUCGUCAGAAAAGUGCGAGUUUUACUUGUCAUUAUUUGCAACAUGAAAAAAUGAGACGUGGAAUGUAUCGGUAGCAUGCUUUAUAUUUUGCGCUCGCCCUAUUUCACGAUAUCACGUGUAAAAUUUGGCGACAGAUUAUUUAUAAUGAGGAUGCAGAAACGAUCAUUUCUGUUAUCUUAAUUUUAUCCGGGAAUAAUUAAGAGAAACGAUUGUCGACACUAUAUGAAUGAUAGGAUUAGUGUACAGAUUGUUAUUCAAUUUUUUUUCGUACAUUUGCGCUUGAAAUUUAGCGCUCUUUUUUUUCUCGCUCUUUAUUCAAAUUUUAUUAUAAUCAGCGUAGAAAUUUUAACGAGUUGCAUGUGAUGUAAAAUGAAAAUUUUUUUUCAUAAAUGUCGUUUUUAUUUGGGCUUAAGAUUUUUCUUCGUAUUUGCGACUUGUUUUUCAUCGGGCGCCGGGAGAAAUUCUCUCGUCCGCGAAUAAUCGAUAUAUUUUCUUAUGAAUGAUUAAUAUAUAUUUUUAUCACAAGUUGUUAUAGAGCGAGCGUGUUUGUACAGAGUUGUGCCGCGAGUCACUUGUUCACAUGCCGAAAACAUCCCGAUUUAUUAUAUUUUAUAUUAAAAAGAAUAUAAAGCGGAUACCCAAAAAGUCCAAAACCAUGCAAAGUGACAGAUUUAUUGACACGUUUUAUUACCCGUUCUCAUAUGAGAAAUUGCCUCUGCGUUUGUCUUGUAAAAAUUUCAAUGCUGUAACGGACCGGAAAAUGCCCGUUUUCGUUACGACUUAUUGUAUGAAACUUAUUUAUAUUAGUUCUCCUUUUUCGUCAAUAUUUAUUAAUCGUUUGGACACCGUAUAUUACCCCUGCGUCACGUGUACACUUAUACUAUUUUUAUUAGAUUUGGUUGAGAUUCUAUUAAAACUAUUCUAUAAGAAUACCUAAUAAUAAUGGUAAUUAAAUAGAGUACGAGAGAAUGUUUCUAAAUAUACAAUAACGAAAAAAUGCUAAAUAUCAUCAGUCAUGUCUAAAAAAAACAGAUACUUCAUAUUGUAAAAAAUGCUUGUAUGUAAUAAACACUUAAUACUGAAAAAAAAAAAAAAAA